AUGGUCAAGAUCACCUUCAAGGCUACCCUCGCGGUAGCGGCAGCCUUUUCCAUGAUGGCGGUUAUCUGCGAAGAGCCGUACCAUAUCUACUCCCAUGAGGAAUACGCUGUUAUUGCCUGUACUGGUGCUAUCGUAGCUACUACAACAUUCUGUGGGAAGAAAGCCAAGAUUUUGGGCCAAUGCUACUGCGCUAACGUCCCCGAGUUAGGUUCCCUUUUGGCCUGUUUGCACGAUAACGACUACUACACCAGCAAGAUGGUCAGAUAUCUUGAAAAUGAGUGCGCCAUCAGCUACCCAAACACCACUUUGGAUACUGAUUUUUUUGAUAAGGUGUACCAGAAUGCUUCCCAGUACAUAAUUACUCCACCGUCCGAUAUGAACGCUACCCUCAUCUCAUAUACCCCCAUUACCAUGGAGUAA